AAAUAUUAUUUAGUUGAUAAAGGUUUUCCAGAAAGACAAGGGUAUCUCACACCUUACUUCAAGACAAGGUAUCAUCAAACAGAGUUUCGUGCUACAAAUCCAAGGGGAUCUCGAGAAGUGUUUAAUCGAGCGCAUUCAUCUCUAAGAAGUUGCAUUGAGAGGGCUUUCGGAGUUCUUAAGGCGCGGUGGAGAAUAUUACAAAAAAUGCCCAUAUAUUCAUUAUGUGACCAGAAUAAGAUAAUUUGUUCUUGUUUUGCACUGCAUAACUACAUUCGGAAGAGCACGAUUGGGGAUCCAGGUUUUAAUAUCAUUGACCGAGAUCCAGAUUUCAUACCAGAUGAUAUCUUUCGUGACGUUGAGUCUACUUCUGGACAAGGCGUUGAACAUAUGAGAGUCC